UCCCAAGGGGGUCGUACCCUCCAGGAAGCCCUCCCUGCUGCCCUGGGCUCCGCAGGUCAGGCCAGCUAUGGGGGUGGCACACACCCAUGGUCCAUAAAGGCUUGCUGACAGAAUCCACAUGGAGAAGGCAAGAGGACCACCUUUUAUGGCGCUCUCACCCCUAGAGCCCCUUUUUCUGAUGCUUAGGGACAGGAGAGAACAUUCCCCGGUUACCAGGGCCAGCCUGACAGUGACUUUAUGCUGCAGUGGGGGUGGGUCACCCUUCAGCCAAUGCCUGGCCCUCCUGCAAGCAGAGGGGGUGGGGGGAGGACGCCCCAGCUGUGCCUGGCUCUCCUCCCCUUCCUGCUCCAGCCGCAGAGCUGAUUGGCCCACCCUUCUGCCUCUGGCCACCUGUUGCUGUCUUUCCAGGAGUCACCCUCCAUCUCCAUCCCGUCUCCCAGGCCCAGCAUGGUGGCUGUGAAGUAAGCGGAGUAGGAGGAGGCCUGGGCGGAGCUCCAGUCUGAACUGAACCUGCUGCUUCCCAGACAUCUCCAUGACAACCAUGGCCUUGGAGAAGCCUGAUGGAGGCCUGGGCAGCUGCCAGGCGGUGACACCCAGGCUGGCCGACUCCAGCAGCUGGGCCCACGAUUCUCAGGAGCCAGAGGCUGAGGGUAGCCCUGCGGGUAAAGUGGAUGCCAGGCCCAAGAAGACAGAAAAGGAGUCUGUGGCCAAAGUGGCCCCAGGACCCAGCAAGGAGAGGCUGAAAGCAGGAGCAACUCCAAGGAGCCCCGCGCGCAAGAAGACGCAGGCCGCGCCACCCCCGCAGCCGCCGCCGCCGCCCCCGGCCCUGAGCGAGGAGCUACCCUGGGGAGACUUGUCGCUCAACAAGUGCCUGGUGCUCGCCUCGCUGGUGGCGCUGCUGGGCUCAGCCUUGCAGCUGUGUCGCGACGUCGUGGUUGGAGUGGCGGACGCCCCUGCACCUGUCCCUGAGCCAUGGGUCCCUCCACGCUCUGCGCCAAAGAAGCCGGCGUCGCCCUCGCUGAAGCCCGAGGCCUGGACUCCCCCAGCGGGACCCCCUGCGCCCCAGGUGCCGGCAGAGGAGAAGACAGAGGUUCCCAGGAGUGCGGAGGCUGCAGAAAAGGAAGAAGGGGACCCUGAGGAGGCCGCUGGGGAGGAGCGCGCGCCCCUCGCCCACGAGGGGCCCAAGGAGAAGCUGCAGAAAGAGAGGCCGCGGAAGGAGAGGCCACGGAAGGAGAGGCCGCGGACUGAAGAGAGACCAUGGAAGCCAGAGAAGCCACGGCCCGGCAGGGAGCCCCGGGAAUCCCCACCCCAGCGCUGGAAGGCACGAGAAGAAGGCCAUCGACCGUGGGUGCGGGAACCCAGAGACCCUAAGCACAGGAAGAGGCAGGCCUGGGCCUCUCCGCGACGCCCCAACGCAGAGGACUGGCCUCCGGGCCGCCAGAAGCACCGCGCGGGGAAGGGGCGAGACUGAGCCGGGCCUGGGUCCCGCGCCGGAAUCCCGGGACCUCUUCCGAGUAGCCCCUGGUUCUAGCGAAAUAAAGCGAGUGCUGUGGCCCCCA